UCCUAGUUAUACAUGUUACCAUACCUAAUUCUCUUAGCAUACACGCAUCAUCAGAGCUCUUAUCACCACUAUAUAUACUCUCAUUCUCCUUCGAGUUCUUAUCAUCAUCAUUUUCCUUUCUCAGUCAUCUUCAUCAUCGGCAUAUAUACAGGCACACACUGCUGGUCUUCAUCACUCACCAUCAACACUGAAAUGUGACAUCAAGGGUAACAUCAAACAGAUUCAGUUUAUUGUUCGUCAUCUUCAUCAUCGGCAUAUAUACAGGCACACACUGCUGGUCUUCAUCACUCACCAUCAACACUGAAAAGUGACAUCAAGGAUAACAUCAAACAGAUUCAGUUUAUUGUCAGGCACGAAAUUGGGUAGCAGCAUAAUUGUAAUGGAGACAAUGGCAGCAGCAAACCAUACGACAGUAUCACCAUCAUUGCAUGACUCUGGUGGCAGCAUCAAGAAUAUCACACGCAUUGAUCCUGCAUUAUAUUUUGCUGCGGUGGAAGGAAACUUCAAAGAAUUCAUGAAUAACCAGAAUUUGGAGAGCUUGCUUACUCCAAACAAAAACACCGUUCUUCAUGUACACUUGACAUCUACAAGUAGUCACAACAUCCAACAUCCUUCGGAUACAUUUGUUCAAAAAAUGCAAAGAAAGAUGCUAUGUUUACCACACCCAACACCUGAAACCCCAGUUUCAGAAGAAUUUGUGAAUCAGAUUCUUGACAAGUGUGGAGAUCUAGUUCUACUCCCUAACGCCAAGGGAGAAACACUCCUUCAUAUAGCUGCAAAGUAUGGACACUCCAAUAUCGCAAAAGUGUUGGUUGAACGUGUCAAAGCUUUUCCACCAGAUAUUGAGAAUGGUAUUGGAGCAGAUAAAAAGUUUAUAAGGGCCACAAACAAUGAGAAGGACACUGCGUUGCAUGAGGCUGUGCGCCAUGGUCACAUUGAAGUGGUGAAGACCUUGUUGGAGAAGGAUCCUGAAUACUCCUAUUAUGCAAAUAACGCUAACGAGACUCCGCUUUAUCUGGCAUCAGAAAGACAACAACAGCAGGUGGUGAAUGAGAUAUUAAACAAAGUGACAUCACCGGCAUAUGAUGGCCCCAAAAAUCAAACAGCACUACAUGCUGCUGUCAUUAACCAAGAUACAGGAAUGGUAAUGGAUCUUCUGAAGAAUGAACAUGUGAGAGUGGCGGUAAAACAUGCGGACAAGGAUGGUUGGAUUCCUCUUCAUUAUGCGGCAAAAAGGGGGAACGAAGAAUUGACGGAAUUGCUACUUAAAGAAGAUGAGAAUAGUGCAUAUAUCCAAGAUAAUAAGGGCAGAACAGCUCUUCACAUCGCUGCCUAUUAUGGUGUUAGUUCGCAUAAUGUGGAAAUGAUUAUAAAACACUAUCCAGAUUGUUCGGAGAUAGUGGAUAAGGAAGGCCGAAAUGCUCUUCAUCAUGCAGUGAAUGGGAGGACACAGGAUAUAAUGGGAAAAAUCAUGAGCAACCUCUCACUUAGUAACCUUUACAAUGAGAGAGACAAUGAUGGAAACACGCCCCUUCAUUGCCUCGCUGCUUAUCCACACCUCAGUUGGGACUUUAGCAGACUUAAAUAUCACGGCAGAGUCGACAAACUGGCCCUCAACAAGAAUGACCAAACACCCCUUGAUGUUGUCUUUGAUAACUUGAAGCCUUCACUAGAAUCAAUAUGGCCACAAUGGCGUCUAAUAUCGAAAUUAAGACAGUUUGAAGCAAAAGGAGAAAAGCGACUAAAUAUAAAAUUAGAGAAUGAGGAGGCAGUGUAUUCGAAGGAAGCAAAGGAGAGUCAUCUAUUAGUAGCCACACUGAUCGCAACCGUAAGUUUUGCAGCUGGGAUUACCCUUCCAGGAGGUACCAUACAAGAGGGGGAUCAUAAAGGUACCCCAAUUUUGGGGCAAAGAGCCUCCUUCAAAGCAUUCAUUAUAUCAAACGCUCUAGCGAUGGUUUUUGCAAUUUCUGCAGCUUCUAUACAUCUUUCCAUACCACUCACUAAAUCCAAAUUCAAGGAUCAUUUUUUAACUCAAUAUGCCCACGCGUUCACUUUAGUCGCGUUACUAGCCAUGAUUGUCGCAUUCGCUACCGGCACGUAUGUCGUAUUGGGACCUUCCCCUCUUUGUAUUGCAAUUAUCACUAUUGCAUUGUCCUAUUUUUGUUCUAGCCGUGUUAUUGGAGAAACUUUUAUUAAACUUGGCGGCGUGAAAACCAGGGUAGAUCCAAACAAUUUUUCCAAGGAUAAUGUCAGAAUAAAAGAAGCCUUGGAAGCUUGAAGA